CGGUGAGCUCAGACGCGCUCGGCGUUCAGACUCGUAAGGACCCCGAGGCCCCCAACCAGAGGGACUGCGCUAAACAGACGACCAGCCCCAGGCUUCAAGCCCCUAACGAAGGCAGGACCCGAGAAGCUUGCUCCUUGAAUACCGCAUUGUUUUAUAAUUUCCUACAAGGGAGAGAAAGUGAUGAUGCUGAGGAUGCGCCCGCGAUGGUGGAUUUCCCUUUUGUGCGUCUGUGGAUUGAUGCACGUCCGGUCACCAGAGCAUCCCUAAUGCCCCAAAUGGAGACGCCUUGUCGAGCUUUGAGGCUCUUUCGUGAUGCGGGCAGGUUGUCGGGGAAGGAGGACACGGUCCUCUCCGCCUGCUCUACAGCAGGCACAACCAACAGCCAGAUCACACAGGACGAGCUCAGCACCAGGUUAAAAGGCAGCCCCGGCUCCACUCAGGUUAACCACAUCGCCCAAGCAAGCUUUCAAGUUGAUGCUUUUGGCAGAAAAUUCAUCUUGGAUGUGGAACUGAAUCAUGAUCUGCUGUCUUCAGGGUACGUGGAGAGGCAUUUGUCAGAAAAAGGGAAGACUGUCGUCACCAAUGGAGGAGAGCACUGCUACUACCAGGGGAAGGUCAGAGACAUCCCUCACUCCUUUGUGGCUCUCUCAACCUGUCAUGGAUUGCAUGGGAUGUUUUUCGAUGGCAAUCACACCUACAUGAUUGAACCUGGAGGACAGGGCAGCAGCGAUGGAGAUGUCCGCAUUCACAUGAUCUACAAAUCUGCAGGGCAAGAGGGACUUAGUGAUUUCCUCAAUGGUGAUCUUCCAGAGCCACCUUUUCCCAGCCCUCCAUUCCCCGGGUCAAAAAUUGUUCACAGGAGAAAAAAGAGACAGGCUCCACAUGUGUCACACAGUGUAGAAGAUGAGACGAAGUACAUUGAGUUGAUGGUGAUCAAUGACCAUUUAAUGUACAAGAAGCAUCGGCUUUCCGUUGGGCACACGAAUAACUAUGCUAAGUCAGUGGUCAAUAUGGCUGACAUGAUCUUCAAGGAACAGCUUAAUACCCGCAUUGUGCUAGUUGCCAUGGAAACGUGGUCAGCUGACAACAAGUUCAACAUCGACGACGACCCCAUGGUGACGCUGAGGGAGUUCAUGAAGUAUCGGAAAGACUUCAUCAAGGAGAAAUGUGACUCUGUUCACCUCUUCUCAGGGAAUCGUUUUCACAGCAGCUGGGGAGGAGCUUCCUAUAUGGGAGGAGUUUGCUCCCUGACUAAAGGAGGGGGAGUCAAUGAGUAUGGGAAAACCGAUGAAAUGUCCAUAACCCUUGCUCAGUCUCUUGGACAGAACAUUGGCAUCUUCUCUGACAAGAAGCGGAUCCUCAAUGGCGAGUGCAAGUGUGAUGAUCGUUGGUCGGGUUGCAUUAUGGAUGAUGUUGGUUUCUACCUGCCCAAGAGAUUCUCCGACUGCAACGUGGAGGAGUACCAUAACUUUCUAAACAGCGGUGGAGGGGCCUGUCUGUUCAACAAACCUCUGAAGCUGUUGGACCCUCCAGUGUGUGGAAAUGGCUUUGUGGAGCCUGGGGAAGAGUGUGACUGUGGCAGCCCAGCGGAGUGUGCCAAGGAGGGGGAGGCCUGCUGUGACAAGUGCACCCUCACCCAAGGCUCCAAGUGUAGCAACGGUCUCUGCUGCAACAGCUGCCAGAUGGAGUUUAUGGGAGUUGUGUGCAGAGAUGCUGUGAAUGACUGUGACAUCCCGGAAAACUGCACAGGAAUCUCCAGCCAGUGUCCACCAAAUGUCCACAAGAUGGAUGGCUAUACUUGUGAAAAAGACCAGGGUCGCUGUUUUAAUGGAAGGUGCAAAACCAAAGACAGACAGUGCAAAUACAUUUGGGGAGAGAAGGCAACAGCGGCCGACAAGUUCUGUUACGAGAAGUUAAACAUCGAAGGGACAGAGAAAGGAAACUGUGGGAAGGACAAGGACACCUGGAUCCAGUGUAACAAACAGGAUGUUCAUUGUGGGUACCUGCUGUGCUCCAACAUCUCACCUUCCCCGCGACUGGGAGAGCUGCAGGGAGGGCUGACCUCGUUCUCAGUGGCCCGACACAGUGCUUCUCUUGACUGCAGGUGUGCAGUAGUGAGCUGAAGUGUGUGUGUUACCUGGGAUGGGCAGGAGAUAACUGUAACUCCACUUCUCCUCUCAGUUAUCUUGUGGUGGGACACACUGUCUCAGUUACAGGUAUCACCAACACCAACAUCAUCAUCGGGGCCAUCGUAGGCUCCAUCCUCUUCCUCCUUCUCAUACUGGCUGUUACAGCCUGGGGUUACAAGAUCUACAAGCAGAGACGCUAUGUUGAGUCUGAGGUUCAUCGAAGAUUCUGCCGACCAGUGCCCCCAGGUGACUAUGUAACAAAGCCUGGGGAUGCAGAUUCAUUUUAUAGUGACAUGCCUCCGGGUGUCAGCACAAACUCUGGCUGCAGCUCCAAGAAGAGGUCAGCCUGCCUGUCGCACCUGCAGAUUUGCACCCUGUCCUUCACUCCCUCCAUCCCAUCCAUUUCUCAGAACAUCUCACUGUUUGGCUUCAGAUCUAAUGGCCUAUCCCACUCAUGGAGUGAGAGAAUCCCUGAUGCCAAACACAUCUCUGACAUCUGUGAAAAUGGGCGACCGAGAAGCAACUCAUGGCAAGGAAAUCUGAGCGGCAAUCGUAAGAAACUGAAAGGAAAGAAGUUCCGUGCUCGCUCUAACUCCACAGAGACGCUAUCCCCUGCCAAGUCUCCCACUUCCUCUACAGGAUCUAUUGCAUCUAGCAGGAGAUACCCGUACCCCAUGCCCCCUCUUCCCGAUGACCAGAGGAAAGCCAACAGGCAGAGUGCCAGGCUGUGGGAGACUUCAAUAUAACAGCCGUAUUACCCACUCUGCAAAAGACCUUAAGGAACUACACUUGUCUCUCCUUUUCUAUGAAUGAAAAACACAAAAAUGAAACAAAAUUGACUCUAAGCAACUAAAGAGAAAAAGAGAGAGCCCCCCCACUGGAGUCGAAAUAGGCAAAGGUGUGUGUGAGUAAGUGUGUACAAGCAUCUCCGAGGCUGUCUUGACAGACAGCGUCAUUCAGUGGUUCUCUACAAGACAAUGCGGAGUGCCGGCGGAGAAACCAUCUCCACAUCCACUCCAGACCAGCUGGAGCUCAGACUGAGCUGUUCCUGUCUGCUCAGGCCUCACCUAUGGGACUGGAAAUCCC